AGGAACAAAAUGGCUGCAACGGGAGAUGAAGCUGCAGCGAUGGAUAGCAUCUCCAAGGCGCCCUCUGCUCACCCAGCGGCUCUCAUCCCUGCUGGAAGCUCCAGCAGUCAGGCUGAAGCUCCAGAGGAUGCGAUGGAGAGUCUGGUGCCCCCUCCCAAAAAGCCCAGCACCAACAGUGAUGGAGGUGUGGAGACAGCAGAGGAGGCUGUGGAGCCUGCAGAGCCAGAUAUAGACGAGUUGUGCACCGAUAUGUUUGAAAAGAUGGCUCUGUUCCUGCAAGGAGAACUCACAGGAACUUGCGAAGAUUACCGGCUGUUGGAGAACAUGAAUAAACUCACUAGUCUGAAAUACAUGGAAAUGAAGGACAUCAGCAUCAACAUCAGCCGUAACCUGCAGGAUCUCAACAAUAAGUAUGCAAGCCUCCAGCCAUACUUGGACCAAAUAAAUCAGAUUGAGGAGCAAGUGUCUACACUUGAACAAGCUGCUUACAAACUGGACGCAUACUCGAAAAAACUGGAGGCCAGAUUCAAGAAACUGGAGAAACGGUGAGAGAGGGAGAGGAAGAGGCACACCGAGAGUUAUGGUGCCUUCUCACCUUCUUUCACCCUGCCUUGCCUUCUUCUCUCCUCGCCAUCAGAGGCAGGCACAGUGAGCAGGAUGUGAACUGAGACUGAAAUAAUAAACAGCCAAAGCCACUUUACACCUAGAAACGACGAAGGAGGAAGCAACUCAAGUCACAUGAAUUAGCAUUGCAGUUCUUGGCUUAGAUUUAACUUCAGUAUCACCGAUUUUGGCAUCGGUCAAGCAGCCAAGUUGUACAAGAGUGUUUGAUGUAUUCCCCCAUUCUUUUACAGGGACACUUUAUGUAUGAUAAAUUAGCCAAAUGACCAGAUUAUCCUAAUUGCGUGAUGGAAUUAUAGCGUACCAAUUUACUGAAAAGAAACAGCUGAACUGGCUCAAAUGGGGUGUAUGGCGCCUGACAUACAGCAUGUAGAAAAUUAACACAAUGAAGCAUGUUCAAAGGUGUGUUUUUAAUAACAUCCCAGCCCUGGUACUCUGAUCAUGUAAGACAACCAGCCUCUUGACAGGUAUCAAUUUAGUAAUAGUACCCUGACAUGUAUGUAGGGAGUCUUUGUUGUGACACAUUUAUCUGUCCAACUUACUGUGAACAGCAUCAUAAACUGGUGAGUUAAAAACUACUAUGGCCAUCUGAAAAUCACACUACAUUUGGAAAAUGAGUUUGCAGUUUAAUAUGGAAGAGUAUUUGAUAUGAAUGGUUGUAUUAUGCCUAUUUGAAUAUAUUGACACUGAAAAACUUUAUAAAUAAACCAUGAUGUGC